UCUAGCAGCAACAUGAAAAUUGAGGAAUAAACUUUGCACUAUAAAAGUUUCUAGAUCAUACAUAUUAAUUUCUCCUGUUCAAUGGAAAUUCAAUUUGAUGAACCAAAGAAGAGUUUGAGACCAAAAAAGGUUAACAAAUUCAAAGGGAGAAACAAAAAGAGUGAAACAAGAGACAAGUUUGUUGGGGUGAGACAAAGACCAUCAGGUAGAUAUGUUGCUGAGAUAAAGGACACAACACAAAACAUAAGAAUGUGGCUUGGAACAUUUGAAACAGCUGAGGAAGCAGCAAGAGCUUAUGAUGAAGCCGCGACACUUCUUCGCGGUUCCAAAACUCGUACCAACUUCGUCACACAUGUUUCUUAUGAUUCCCCUCUCGCUUCUCGGAUUCGACAUCUUCUCAACAACCGAAAAAAAGGUACCAAACAGCAAGACAUGAAUGGUAUAAGUAGCACCACUAGCCAUGCUGACACGACUAAUGAUACUACUAGCGAUGGUAGUACUAGUAGCACUACUAACUGUAUUGGCACAGCCAGUGGUGCUAUUAAUAGUACUAGUGCCAGCGGUGUGACUAGCACUAGUACUAAUAUUAGUACUAGUGCUAGCGGUGUGGCUAGCACUAGUACUGAUAUUAGUACUAAUUCGAGCAAUACCAACGUCAACGACAAAAGUGAAAGCUUGCUUUCUAGUUCGACAACGAUGCAAAAACCAAAUUUAUUUGAGGAUGCAUAUAGGCCAGAUAUGAGCAAUUUAACUAAUGAAUAUGAGUCAAGUUCCUAUAAGUCCAAUGUUUCAUGGGAUUUUGGACCUAUUUUUGAUAACUUUCCUUUUGAUCAAUGGUUGGAUAUGACAAACAAUGAUGGAUUAUUGUGUGAUAUGGUUGAUAAAGGAGUUUCAGAAUUUGAAAGGAUGAAAGUUGAAAGGCAAAUAUCAGCUUCACUUUAUGCAAUUAAUGGUGUUCAAGAGUACAUGAAAAAUGUUCAGGAUUGCAAUGAAGCUCAAUGGAAUCUUUCACCUUUGUGCUAAUUUUUCUGUUCAAACAUGUAUGAAGUUUAAAUAUUUCUUUUUGUAUAAAUUAGGUAUAUUCUCGUGCAAAGACUAAUAUUUCGAGUUAGAUACGAUCAUAUAAACGACAAAGUUCUUUUCAAUAGUUUUAACGUUGUUGUAUUUCAAGAUUGUGUGACGUCUAAAUACGAGUAUGCAAAAUUAUAUUACA